GUAUCCUCUGACAAAUUACACGUUUGGCACCAAGGAGCCCCUCUAUGAGAAGGACAGUUCCGUGGCAGCUCGGUUCCAGCGCAUGAGGGAGGAGUUUGACAAGAUUGGCAUGAGGCGGACAGUGGAAGGAGUUCUGAUUGUGCAUGAGCACAGGCUGCCCCACGUGCUCUUACUGCAGCUGGGUACAACUUUUUUCAAGCUACCUGGUGGUGAACUCAAUCCAGGAGAAGAUGAGGUAGAAGGGCUCAAACGCUUAAUGACAGAGAUACUGGGUCGUCAGGAUGGUGUUCAGCAAGACUGGGUGAUUGAUGACUGCAUUGGCAACUGGUGGAGACCAAACUUUGAACCUCCCCAGUACCCAUAUAUCCCAGCUCAUAUUACAAAGCCAAAAGAACACAAAAAGCUUUUUUUGGUCCAGCUUCAAGAAAAGGCUUUGUUUGCAGUCCCCAAAAAUUACAAGCUGGUUGCUGCACCAUUGUUUGAGCUCUAUGACAAUGCACCAGGAUAUGGCCCUAUUAUUUCCAGCCUUCCUCAGCUUUUGAGCAGGUUCAACUUUAUUUACAACUGAAUUCCCAUGUACCUGAAGACUCCAGUAGAAGAAGCCGUCUCUGUGAGCACAGCUUUGAACUGUAGAGACACGAAUAUGUGUGACACAAGGAUUUUUUUAAGUCAUUCUGUUCCUGAAGGCCACUAAACAUUCUGUGGUAUGAACAGAGAAGUGAAUCUCAACUGUUUAGCUAGAGAGAUGGCAAUGGGCUACCAGUGUUAUAAUCCCUUUUCAUUGUAAUACUCACCAAUUUUUUGUUUUGUACAACAUUAAACAAUAUGGUUGAGAUUCUG